CGGCCACAGCGACCGGAAGGGGCGCGGCCGGGCCCGGCGGAACGGCUUUUCCCCCCCCGGUGGCGGGGACCGCCCGUGGGGUCACCCCAAUGGCGGCGCUGGUGCGGGCGGUGGGGCGAGCCCUGCUGGGCUGGGCCGCGCCCCUGCUGCGGGCCGAGCGGAGCGUUAGCGGCGGUGAGGCGCGCUGGGGGCCCGUGCGGCCCGGCCUCCCCGUGCCGCUCUCCUCCCCCCUGGCGGGGCUCACCCGGCCCAUGCGCAUCAAGGAGCCCCCGAAGCCCAAGCAGGUGGAUCGGUGGACGGAAAAACGGGCCUUGUUCGGGGUCUACGACAACGUGGGGAUCCUGGGCGACUUCCAGAUCCACCCGAAGAACCUCAUCGUGGGGCCCAAGUGGCUGCGAGGCUGGCGGGGGAACGAGCUGCAGAGGUGCAUCCGCAAGAAGCAGGUGGUGGGAGAUCGGAUGUUUGUAGAGGACUACCACAAACUCAACAAGAGGAUCCGGUACUUGUACAGGCGCUUCAAUCGUACCGGGAAGCACCGUUAGGAGCAGCUCUGAGUUCGGCAUGCGGAGAUGUGGCUUUGUGGCACUGCAGUCAGAAUAAAACCAUCGCUCACGCA